AUGGCACACAAAUCGUCUGCAGUGGCUGAUGAGCCCAUUGACGUUCUCUUCGCCCUGCAUCCCAAGUUUAACCUCAUGGACUUUGCUGGCCCUCUCGAGGUCCUUACUACCGCCCUGCACGAGGCCAAUGAUCCUUCCUCCAGAGCCUUCGAAGUCACCGUCGCCGCCGGCGAGUCCACCGUUCUCUCAGACCAGGGAGUCGCCAUCCAGUCCCAGAUCACCUGGAAGGAGGCCCACGAGCGCCUAUCAGAAUUCGACGUCCUCGUUGUCGUCGGCGGCAACGUUAAUGAUGCCAUCUUGAAGGCCAAGGCCGAGCCCAUGCCCCUCAUUACUGCCUACUCUGAGAUUCAGAAGGCCGAUCCCACUCGCGAGCGUACCCUGCUUUCUAUCUGCACCGGAUCCAUCUUCUUGGCCGAACUUGGUAUCCUGUCUGGUCUUUCUGCGACCACCCACCCUGACUAUAUGACCCAGUUCGAGAAUCUCUGCAGCCAUUCGGCAGUCCGUGAUCUUACCGAGCGUACCGAUGUCAUUGAAGAUGCCCGAUACGUGGUGAACAACUUGCGCUUUGACAUUGGAGACGAGGAUGAGAAUCCCUACGUGCGACGCAAAUCUGACGCUGGCCGCCGUCCUUCCAAUGCCCGAAAGGGAUCUAUGUCCUUCAAGGGUGCGACACGUCGCGAAUCUAUUGCCCGCCGCGCAGCGAUGCGCCUAGGUGGACUGCGUGUUAUUACGAGUGGGGGAGUGACCGCUGGCCUGGAUGCAGCUCUGUAUCUGGUCAGCGUUAUGGUUUCUGAGGAAUCUGCUAAUGAAGUUGCCCGUGUCAUGCAAUGGACUUGGACCAAGGGCGUUGUUGUUGAUGGUCUUGAUGUUUAA